AUCUGUGUUUUAUUCUUUCAGUGGCGGAGAUGACGUAAAAGGUGUCCACGUGGCACAGCUCACGUGUCAAAGCGGAUCAGUCACGUGGUACAAUCCAACGAGCGCUUUACGACUCGAGGUCAAACCUCAAAAGAUGCGCUCAUUCACUGCGUGCAUGAUCAUCGAUUCCGAUGACGUCAUGUUAAAGAUGUCGCGCGAAAAUGACAUCACAGUGAACACCAGGUCGCCAACGGAGCGGACCAGACACGUAUUAAAUGAUCACAACUUGAAAGAGGUCUACACAGGGACGGGGCGCAGCCAAGAGAUUUGCCUGACUUCAAAAGGGCCUCUGAGUUUAUAUUUAGAAGCGGAAGAAUCCGCUGUGCUAGGCUCUCGAAAGGUGGUAAUUCAGUAUGACAUAUCUGAAUACCGAACCGAUCAACAGGAUACUUCAAUAGAAGAGUGUCGCCCGUGCAGUCCGGAAGAGCUUCUUACUGCCUACUGCUCCAGCGAUUUUGUCGUUGUCGGAAAGAUGAACAAUGUUGAACAUUUUGACCAGAAAACGCGUAUUGGCGUCGCUGUUACCCAGAUCGUGCGUCAGAUUGGUUCCCACUUCACACGCAUGCGCAGAGACACAUUGGAACUCCAGGGAACCGUUACCACGCACCGGAAGUGCGGUGUUGUCAAAGGCGACGGAAUGUUCCUCCUGACCGGAAGAGAAAGACUGGGUGAAUUGCGUUUGGGAUGCGCACCUUACCUCGAUGAAUGGGAGUCUAUCGUCAGCGCCGCGGAACGUGAUGGGAAGUUGCAGUGUAUCCGAGAAUGAACGCAACCGGAACCUCUGCCGUCCAUGACGGCUUCGGUACCGGUAAUCUACCUCAUGUGAAAGUUUCACUGCAACCUUAGCCCAGGUGACCUAAGUCACGUCUCGCUAGCGAUGUUACGUCAUGGCGCUGUGGAACCAAGAGAUGGGUCCGCGGGCACUAACAGGCGGCGCGGUGAUAUACGUCAUAAUGUGAAUAUGACGUCAUGACAAAUGGUGCAAUUUUAAUGAAUUUGUGGACCAGUGAUGUGGACGCAAGCCUUGGAGUUCAGCAGCAUUCAAACCCUUUGGCCCAAGCAACCUUGCUGAAGGAGAUGAGGUCACUAUGGUUACAAUUCGGAUCACAACGGACGAUACUCGGACGUCACCGACAUGCUCGCCAGACAAUCGUAACAACUCGGACAUCUUCGACAGACUCGGUUUAUUUCGUGGAAAUAGCGGAGCGUGAUUCGAUUGGCUCGUUAGAUUGUCGCCGUGUUUCGAGUGUUCCGAAGAAUGACGUUGGAAAUCCAGUGCAGGGCAUACCUAUACCAGAUUGUAUAGAGUUUCCAUGAAGUGAUAAAAUUAACAUACUUAAUCGUACUUCACAGAGACCAUUAACGUUCAAGUGAAAUGCCAUACUCAUAUCCAUAUUUACAAGACUGUUUUUCUUCUGAAAGCAUGUUUAUUUAUAUAUUAAAAAUAAAUUUGAACUUGCAUAA